AUGGAACGCCUCAAGCAAGAGUCCGGCGAGGCUGGUAUCGCUUUGUCAGAGCUAUGGCUUGGUCUGGCAGCCAACUAUGAGAAGGAUGGCAGCGUUGAUUUAGGCUUCGCCUGCCACGACGGCACAUAUUCCAUUGAUUUUGCUGUGCACAACCUGCCUCUGCCUUCCAAUGCAGACGGCAAGGCAAGCGCAGUGGCGCAAUAUCUCGUCAAUGAAAUCCGGAGAUACCAGAAAGAUCACCAGUACAAGUUCUUAGGCGCUGGCAUCUCGCAGGAGGUGGUGAAGUUGAGCCCACAACUGCCCGCUCGGCUGUGGUCGGACCUCGACAUUGUGCCCAUUGUCAUUCCAGAGAAGGAAGGCGGCAGCAUGAGCACAGCACAAGCCGCUGGUCUGGAAGGCGUGGACGAGUUGGCUGAUUCCCUGGCCCGCAAAUGUCUGGCUUUCUUCGGACCGUCGAGUCAGCCGCGUGUGCAGGUCGGCUUCAGCAAUAUGGUUGAGGUCGAUUGCGGCGGUCGCGCUCGCUUGGCGGCGCUCCAGCAGUAUCAGCUCAGGUGCAAUGAGCGCUCGUGGAAGACAUGCGAACACUAUGCGCAGUCGCUGAAGGAAGGCAACAAGAAAUUUGCGUUCUUCAGCGCCACGCCUCAAGGUGGUGGUGUGGCAUUGAUGAGGCAUGCACUUGUUCGCUUUUGGCGUCUUUUGGGCGUAGACUGCACGUGGUGGGUACCGAAGCCUAAGCCAGAAGUCUUCCGGGUUACGAAGACGAAUCACAACAUCCUGCAAGGUGUGGCAGACCCCAAGGAGAGACUCACGGAGGACAAGCAGAAACUUAUCGACGACUGGAUCCAAUCGAAUGCUGAGCGCUUUUGGACUCGCCCAGGUGGGCCACUCUCACCGCGCUCUCAAGGUGGCGUUGACGUUGUCAUUGUGGAUGACCCGCAAAUGCCAGGCCUUAUCGACAUCGCGAAGAAGAUGGACCCAGACCGACCUGUCAUCUUCCGCUCACACAUUCAGAUCCGCGCAGACCUUGCUGAGCAACCAGAUACCAAUACAGCAGGCGUCUGGAAGUGGCUGUGGAGCAGCGCUCAGCACGCCAACCUGUUCAUUUCACACCCAGUUGCAGCCUUCGUGCCGAAGAUGGUCCCUCACCGUUCGCUGGCUUACAUGCCUGCUACCACCGACUGGCUUGACGGUCUGAACAAGGAGCUCAGCGAUUUCGACAACGCCUACUACCUCCACGAGUUUAACACUCAAUGCCAGCGUCAGCGCAUGAAUACUCUCGCUUUCCCGAAACGCGACUACAUUGUGCAAAUUGCACGAUUUGACCCAUCCAAAGGCAUUCCACACGUCCUGGCCAGCUAUGCCGAGUUUCGCCGCACCUCCGAGUUCUGCAAGAACAAGAAGCCAGAAGAGACGCCCCAGCUUGUCGUUGCAGGACACUAUUCCGUUGAUGACCCAGAUGGCGUAAUGGUGCUCAAUCAGACACUCGAUCUGCUUGAAAACGACUACGCCGACGUCAAAGACAGCGUCGUCGUCAUGCGACUAGGGCCGACAGAUCAGCUGCUCAAUGCACUCAUGUCGAAUGCGCGCGUCGCGCUGCAGCUUUCUACUCGCGAAGGCUUCGAAGUCAAGGUCAGCGAAGGCCUGAAGAAGGGCGUGCCGAUGAUCACGACCAAAGCCGGCGGCAUCCCACUGCAAGUGCAGCCGGACAAGUCCGGCUUCCUUGUGGAGCCUGGCGACGCGAAGGCUGUAGCGAAGUACCUCGACGUGCUGUUCUCGGACGAGAAACGGUAUGACGAGAUGAGCAAGUUCGCGGCCGAGCACGUGAGCGAUGAAGUGGGCACGGUGGGCAACGCCAUCUGCUGGAUGUAUCUCGUCGAUAAGCUUUCGCGUGGUGAUGGUAAGCUGGAGCCGGAUGGGAAGUGGAUCUGGAACAUGGCGCGAGAGGAAGCAGGGCAGCCGAGAGGUGAGGGUGAGGUAUGGUUGCCAAGGGAUUGGACCACGUGA